CUCACAGUAGGAAUAGAUUUCAGUAGCUAACGGUGAUUAAAACAAGGUAAUCAGCCUCAGAUUCCGGUUAUCUGACGUUCUUCAGACCCUGGACUCAGAAAUCCCCGCUGUUAUGGACUGUUAGAAAACCACGCCGUGUAUGCUAUGGGCUGAGGACGAAGUGUAAGCAAGAUUGCAAACCGUGUAUUUAGCGGGCCGACACAAACGGCUUCUGACUGCUGGUCUCCCUAGGGUUUCGGUAUUAGCCCACUUCGGAACAACAUUUACGGACAAGUGAUCGUGCUUUCAUCUGUUGACAGCCUGACAUGGGCCGCCUAGGGUUGUGGGUCGCACUGCUCAACCAGGUGGUACUGAUGGUCAUGGUCAACCCUGCUUUGGCAAACUGGAUGUAUCUAGGAAUGUUGGGAGCGUCGGUGCCCUCCGAUGGACCCAAGAAUUACGACAGUCCAAGGUCUGACCAACCAGCUCACCCAGGUUCAUCUAUCUGUUCCAGCGUUCCUGGGCUGGUGACCAAACAGAAGGAUGUAUGCGAGGAACAACCUUCUUCCAUGAACGCCGUCAUCGUCGGAAUUCGGCGUGGCAUUUUGGAGUGUCAACAGCAGUUUCAAAACGAACGUUGGAAUUGUACCCCUGAAGGAGAUGAGAACGUUUUUGGAUACACAUUAAACAGAGCUGUUGGAAUGGUUAUAGUAAGGAAAAAAAUAAAUACAAGGUCAACUUUCACGAUCGUGUUACUAAAGACACGGAACAAGUUAGUUGCCAUGAAAAUUACCAUGAGAGGAAAAGCAUCUAAUGGACCAUCAUCGCACAACUGUCAGCCAGUUCACGCACCUGAUGGUGGUAAUUCGCAUCAGAAAGAGAAAUAUUUACCAUCUCAGGCAAUAACGCGCCACAUGCAGAGGAAAUGUCGGUGUCACGGAGUUUCGGGAUCAUGCGAGUUAAAGACUUGUUGGAGAAAGUUGCCAUCUUUCGUUGAGGUUGGUAACCGCCUGAAAAAGAAAUACGAGGACUCUGUUCUGAUAUCCAUGAAAGCAAGAAAAAGACUUCGACGACGAGGAAAGAGAAAGGUGCCCGUGAGAAAAGAUGACUUGGUGUACAUCAAUAAGUCUCCAAACUACUGUGUAGAAGAUCCAGCCAACGGUAUUUUUGGUACGAGCGGCAGGCUUUGCAACAAAACUUCUGCUGGCCCAGAUGGCUGCAACUUGCUUUGCUGUGGACGAGGAUACAACACCCAGGUAAUCACGCACGUGGAACGAUGUCACUGCAAGUUCCAUUGGUGUUGCUACGUCACAUGUCGCAACUGCACAACUGAAAUGGAAAUUUAUACUUGUAAAUGAAAACUGAACUGAAUGUCUGCAAUUGUGACAAGCAGUUUAUUAAAGGUUUCUUUAAAUCAGCAGACCACUGCACCUCAGGCUGGAAUACGGGUUAGUUAGCACAUCCAAUCGUUCGGACUAAUACAAAGAAACUAGCAAUAAACCAAACCACCUUCCAAUUUUCGUUAUGCUUCAUGGGGUAGACUCCUGUAACAUUUUUUGCGGCAUAUCCCCAGGAAAAAGAGCAGUAAGAAUUGAACUUAAUAUAUUGAAGCUUAAGACACAGCUGCGGUAUAUUUAGUAUACACAGUGUUAAUGCUUUCAAAAUCAAAUCCGAAAAAGAUUUGUUUUACCCUGUAAUAUUACAUUCUGCUUUAAAAACAACUGUGAUACAUACGGAAGAAUAUAAGGGCCAGACUUUUCGAAUGCAUGACAAAACCGGGCUUACAAAAGCAUUUCGAUCAUUCAUAUUAUUGUUUUAUUUCUUUUCAUCAUAACCCUAUGAACACUGAAGAAAGGUUUUCUCUACACAAACAAGAUGUGAGCGAAAAUUUCCAAAGAAACAUAAGUAUAUGUUUGGUGAUCAUGUAUAAUAUGUAAAGACUUGGGGAGAAUGAACUAAAUGUUUUGUUAUUAUAGGUCAGUUUUCUGUACAAAACUUUAAAUUUAGCCACUGAUUUAACUUGGAUAAGCUAUAGUGUUUUUUUAUUGUUUUUUUUUAGAAACCAAAGAAAAUGUUAUGUGAAAGCCUUGCAGCAUUUUUUUUUCUUCCAGAAACAUAAAAAAAAGAUAUUCAAACAUUACUAUUGGUAUAUCUUUUUCUAAAUAAUCUUAAGAUUCUGGCAAAUCAAUUUUCACUCAAAAGAUCCAAAUUAGGUCGUUAUUCAUUCUGACAGCGUAUGACUAUGAAUGAUACAAAGUAUAACUUAACAACUAGCUGAUAUCUAAAUAGACCUAAAUGAACGGUUAGCUGACGAAUAACUAGAAACAACUAAAUUAUUAUAAUAUUAUGACACUAAGAACAGUACAUAUUUUGCUAUAACUCUGAUUGGAAAAGCUUUUGUUUUUUUAUGGGAGGUUUUCAGUAUUUCAAACUUGAGAGAGAGUGAAAUUUAUGGUUCAUAACUACUGUUUACUGGUGUGAAAUAAAGAGCAACUCUGUAAGGCAGACUGUGUAAGUAAAGUGAGUGAUAUAAAAGCUGGACAUAUUACAAUAAAUCUUAUAUCUUUAAGACAUCUGUCUCUUUCUAAAUCGGUAAAUUUACUUAUCGUUUUUCUAGGGUAUUUAUUUAACAUUAUUUUAUACAAUUGCAGCCUACAGGAGGCGUUUUUUCAAGGAAAUAAAACUAAAUUAUUAGAACUGCAAAUGAUUAAAACGGUUUAUGAAAGAGAAUAGCGGAGAUAUAAGAUAGUGAAAUGUAAUAAUCAAUGAAGUCAUAAUUUAUAUUAUAUUACAAGUUCUAGCUAUUAUAGUAAGUACCUGUUCUAAAAACAAGUCUUACUUUCUGUAAAAGCUGUAACUAUUACUAUAAUAUAAUUAAUCAGUAAGUACACUCAAAACGAAACUAUGAAGUCAUAAUUUAUCCUGACUUUGAGUUUCAUAAUUUUAUUUGCAAUGUGAUAAGAAUAUGCACUAGAUUAUUAGUUUAGAAAGGUUCAAAUGGCCGAAUUUAGGGACUGUAUUAAUAUUUCCUUUCAAUUUAGGUUUUCUAUAGCUUUUAAUUUCUUUGGAGAACUUGAUAAUGUUUUCAGUGUAACGAAAAAUAUGAGAAUAACUAAAUACUGCGUGUCAAUAUAUUUUUUAUACUUAAUCAAUGAUCUUCGUGUCGUGAAGAAAAUACAGAUUUUCGAAAGUUUAAAAUAUAACCAUCAGAGAGAACAAAGCUUUUUUUGGGGGGGGUGGGGGUGGGGGGAUGACAAAUGUGACGUUUAUAUCCCGUGAUUAUCACGUUGUUGAGCCACAAAAAAUAAUAUUAAGCGAGUUAUUAUGUGUUUAAAGAUAGAGAAAAGUAACUAUUACCUGGCUUCCUUCAAGUCUACAAUUCAGAAUUUUUCUUGUAAAUCUAUGUUAAAUAUACAUAUGCCACGAACGUCGUGCUUUCGCGGUAUCACGUUUAGGGAAAUCCCUGUAGAAGAAUAAGAUGGCAUAGCCUGAAAAUCGUUUUUCAAGAAGUCUACUAUUCUGUUCAGGACAAGACUGAUUUCACUAGGAAAUCUGUGGAAAGAAAGAACUGAGAUAAAAUACAUAGUAAUUCAGGAUUAUAGUAUAUGUCAUAGAAUGAAGAAUCUUCGCUAUAGCUAUACGCGUAGUUGAAUUGUUAGAGUAUAAAUAUACAGGAGUGACUGACAGAGUAAAUUUUAUGUAUAGUCUAUAAGAUGUUUUACAUGUGGUCCAUGUUUUUUGCAUUUAUGUCUAAUUUAAACACUUCAAUGUAGACUACUUAGAUGUAU